UAGAGCCGAAGUUGCUGCCUUUGGCUGGUAGUGGGCGGGUGCAGAGUACGGACAAGCCUCCCUGCGCUCUCGCUGCCCCUCCCUGCUCCCGGAGACACACGCGCCCGAGCUCUCUGCCCGCCGUCUCUACCCCCAGCCGCCGCCGCCGAGAUGCCGCCCUCCGGCCUGGAGCUGAUGAACGGCCAGGUGCUCCCCGCCUUUCUGCUCUGCAGCGCGCUGCUGGUCAUUAAGAUGUACGUGGUGGCCAUCAUCACCGGCCAAGUGAGGCUGCGGAAGAAGGCUUUUGCCAACCCCGAGGAUGCUCAGAGACAUGGAGGCCUCCAGUAUUGCCGGAACGACCCAGAUGUGGAACGCUGCCUCAGAGCCCACCGGAACGACAUGGAGACCAUCUACCCCUUCCUGUUCCUGGGCUUUGUCUACUCCUUCCUCGGGCCGAACCCCUUCGUCGCCCGGAUGCACUUCCUGGUCUUCUUCCUGGGCCGCAUGGUGCACACCGUGGCCUAUCUGGGGAAACUGCGGGCGCCCACCCGCUCCCUGGCCUACACCCUGGCCCAGCUCCCCUGUGCCUCCAUGGCCCUGCAGAUUGUCUGGGAGGCAGCCCGCCACCUGUGACCAGCCGCGGACGCCACCUCGGCCGCCAGACCGCUGGCCACGAGCCUCCGGGGCUGAACCUGGGGGACCGAUGGCCCCUUUGAGAUUGUGACAGGCCCCGGGGCCUGGUUUCCUGGCGACUGACUGAGCACAUGAUCUUGGGCCCGGGGGCCCUGUGUGUGUUUGCCCGUGUGUCCCCUGGAUUCCUGGGUGAAGCGGCCGAUUUUGGAACCGUUUAGAGAUGGAUUGUCAUGAUUGAUAGAAAAUUUUUCCACUGUAAAAACCUGCCUCCCUCUUCCUCCCCAAUGCUGAGAAAAGUGAACAGAGGCUCGGUUCAGGUUUUGGAACCUAAUGACCUUCUGAAUCCAGGGAUGUAAUAAAUGAGGACUUCUCACCUCCA